AUGCGCAAGAAUAGAGACGCGCCUGUAGAUACGAUGGGAUGUGAAGUGUUGGCCGAGGACGCCGAACCUAAGGUGCAACGCUAUCAAACCCUCGUGGCGCUCAUGCUCUCGAGUCAAACAAAGGAUCAGCAGACAGCGGCAGCCAUUCGGCGUCUGCAGAAACAUGGGCUUACGGUCGGAAACAUAUUGGAUACGCCUGAGAACGAGCUGGAUGAGCUCAUUUCAAACGUAGGCUUUCACAGGAACAAGGCCAAGUAC